GAAAAACAACAUCAUUUUGGUAGAGUUAGUGGAACAGAAGAAGACAUCCGACGGUAUGAAACAACAGUUUGGACUUUCAGCUUCACAAAAAGACAAACAGGAAAUCUGCCCCCAUCACAAUGAGGAGUUGAAGAUCUUCUGUCGCACUGAUCAGCAGUUCAUCUGUCACGUCUGUCUGAUGGAUGAACAUCGGGGUCAUGAAGCAGCCCAAAUAGCAGAAGGAAGGUCUGAGAAGCAGAAGAAGCUCCAGGAGACUCGACAACGAGCCCAGAAGAAGAUCCAGGACUGUGCAAAAGCUGUGAAGGAGCUCCAGCAGGAGGUGGAGGACAUCAACACUGCUGCUGACAAAUCAGUGGAGGACAGUGAGGAGAUCUUCUCUGAGAUGAUCCGUCUCCUCCAGAACAGAAGCUCUGAGGUGAAGCAGCAGAUCAGAUCCCAGCAGGAGGACGAAGUGAAUCGAGUCCUGGAUCUUCAGGAGAAGCUGGAGCAGGAGAUCAGAGAUCUGAAGAGCAAAGACAGAGAGAUGGAGCAGCUCUCUCACACAGAGGAGCACAGCCAGUUCCUGCACAGAUACCCCUCACUGUCUGCACUCAGUGAGUCCACACACUCAUCCAGCUUCCACCUUCGUCCUCUGAGGUACUUUGAGGAGGUGACAGAUGUUGUGGCAGACACCAGAGACAAACUACAGGAUCUCCUGAGGGACAAACGAGCAAACAUCUCACAGAAGUUCUUCAGUUUCAUUCACAUCUCUUCUUUUUUUAUCAAUUUGAUUUUAAUUACAUUUACGAUGGAGCAAAAUUUCCUGAAGUAUUCAGAACUCACACUGGAUCCAAACACAGCACACCCCCGUCUGAAACUGUCUGCAGCAAACAGAAAAGCAACAUUCACUCUCCAUAGGAACGACUACCACAUGCAUGCAGACCGGUUCGCUUCCUGGAUUCAGGUUCUGAGCAGAGAGAGUCUGACCGGGCGUCAUUACUGGGGGGUGGAGUGGACCGGUGGAGCAAUUUACGUUGCAGUCACAUACAAAAACAUCCAAACAUCACAGUAUGACCAAGCGUUUGGAAGUGAUGACAAAUCCUGGGCCUUAUACUGCGACAGAAACAGUUACAUCUUCUACCACAAAGACAUGCAGACCUGUCUCUCUGGUCCCGGUUCCUCUAGGGUGGGAGUGUACCUGGACCACGGAGCAGGUGUUCUGGCCUUCUACAGUGUCUCUGAAACCAUGACUCUUCUACACAGAGUCCAGACCACCUUCACUCAGCCACUUCAUGCCGGUCUGCGCUUCUACGACUACUUCCUGUACUCAGGAGGAGACUCCGCAGAGUUUGUUCAGCUAAAUGAAAACCCUGAUGGCAACGGGGGAUUUGGCUAUGUCCAAAGUCCCUCCCUACUGCCCAACUAAUACAAAACUAAAUAGUACGGGACUUUCUAGUGGCCUGGAUUCAAUUCAGACACCAUGCCCGUUACUUUUUUUAGUCGUUACAGAUCGGAUCGCCGUUACAGU